AUGGCGGUACCUUCGGCCCAAGAGUUCCACUGGCAGAGCUUGGCGCGACUGCCCAGCGGCCGCGUCUACCACACCCUGUCUGAGGUGGGGGGUCAGAUGUACAUGCUGGGGGGCUGUGACGCUGCAGGGAGGCCCUGCCCGGGCCUGGAGCUCUACUCCCCCGAGGGCGACCGCUGGAUGAGCUUGCCUCCCAUGCCAACCCCGCGCGCCGGGGCAGCCGUGGCAGUGCUGGGAAAGCAAAUCCUGGUGGUGGGAGGGGUGGGGGAGGACCAGAGCCCCCUGAAGGUGGUGGAGAUGUACAACACUGAGGAAGGCAAGUGGAGGAAGAGGAGCGCACUGCGGGAGGCCUUGAUGGGUUUAUCCAUCACGGUGAAAGAUGGCAGGGCUCUGGCUGUGGGGGGUAUGGGUGCCGACCCUCCUCGUAGCAUCCUACAGCAGUAUGACCUUCGAAAGGACGUGUGGGCACUACUUCCUCCCAUGCCGACCCCUCGCUACGACGGCAACACGUAUCUGCUGGGCAACAAGCUCUACGUGGCAGGCGGUCGCCAGUGUAAGCGACCCGUGAAGGCCUUUGAGGUGUAUGAUGCAGAGACGCGUUCUUGGACUACGCUACCCAUCAUGCCUUGUAAACGAUCGUACGGGGGCGUUGUAUGGGACUCAGCCGGGAGGCUGUGUCUGCUCGGAGGACUGCGGCAGGGAGGAGGACACCAGAGCUCCAAGUUCACCAAGAACGUCAACAUUUUUGACACCAACCAAGGCGUCUGGUUGAAGUCGGAGGAGACGGUGGCGAUGAAAACAAAGAGGGCUGACUUUGCCGCCGCUUUCCUGCGCGGCCGGAUGAUCGUAGCAGGAGGACUCGGUCACGAGCCCUCGGCGCUGGACACAGUGGAGGCCUUCCACCCUCAGAGGAAGAAGUGGGAGAGGUUGGCCCCCAUGAACUUCCCCCGAUGCUCCACUUCCUCUAUCGUCAUCAGAGACCGCCUCCUGGUGGUGGGAGGAGUCAACCAGGUUCCCAGCUCGGCCCACGAGAUCCUGUACGUAAAAGAGGAGGAAUAUUUGUAGCCUGCAGCGGAUCGGCGAUUCCGCUCCUCUGUACGACCCUCCUGAAUCAGACUCUAGUGCAAUAUGUUGGAAGCAUUGAAAAAAAAAUCAGAGUUUGAGUCCCAGCCUUUGAGCUGUACAGUAACAGACAGCACCGCCCCCUGCUGGGGCUGCACGGACACUGAGCCCCACAUGUAAGCACACACACAUGCACACUGGAGGAGCUGGCUCUUUCUUUCUACCGACGUAUGUUUGAGUAUGCGACAUGUUUCAGUGCAUACAUGGAGAAAAACUAUUUUGUAGCUUAUACAUCCAGAUGAGUAGACACACGGACCAGCUGUGUUAUGGCACAUAUGCAUUUUAAUGUUCAGCGUUAGAUAGAGUGUUAUUUCCACGUUCAAUUCACUUUGAUGACAUGACUGCAAUAUUUAUCAUCUAGCAAAAAGAAGAAGCUCACUAGGAAGUGGGAAACGUUUGGUUAAGCUGUACUGUGACAACAUUUGCACUAAAGCAAUUAACACUGAGAUACCAUCGAUCCUAGUGUAUUGUUGUGAUUACACUGAGAAUCAUUCUUCUAUGCUGUAACAGUGCACAUCUGUGGGUACGAUAGCUACGAUUUAAUGCAUUUCAUGUAUGGAAAAAGAGACCGUAUUAAAUGGCAAUAUGUUGUUUGUUUAAACGAUUACCAGACUGCUGUUGUAGGCAAAAGAAAUGGAUCCGGUGCGACUCCGAUCGAUUGUACACGUUUAAUUCCUGCAGCAAUACUGUAGUUUCUUCAGUGUUUCCUCUGUGCAACGUGUGCCGUGCUGUAAUGACCAUCGGUUACUCAGGUUGUGACGUUACAGACUUGUUAAUGUUACCGCAGAGAUCAUCUAAGGACUGGUAUUGUGUCUUUACAGUCAGAGCCAGACUCUUGUGUCUUUUUGGCUCGGGGCUGUUGAUGUAUGAAAUGUGUGAAAUAUUCAAUUGUGUUUCAUCCUUCAGCAUGAUCCAUCUCUGAUCUGUCCAUAAUAUUAAGGAUACCAGUGGUCAUAUUCAGUGGA